AUAUGAGAUUGGCCUAUAUUAAUCUAAAGAAUGACAGAGGCUAUACUCCUCUUCAGAUUUCUGCUAUGCGUCGAGAACCAGCGGUCAUUGUGUCCCUUCUAACCAAGGGCACCUCUGCUUCUGAAACAACUGGAGAUGGCCAGUGUGUUGUUAGUAUAUGUAGAAGAUUGAUACAGACAAAAUAUUAUCAUGCAAAAAUAGAACAGGGUCAGGAGUCAAAUAAAGACAGGUUUUGCAUUAACAUUUUGGAGAGGGAGAUUAGAAGGAAUCCCGUGGCUUGGUAUAAGGCGGUGGCAUCACCAUUGCUGGCUGGUGACCUGCACAUGAAGCUACUGUAUCUAGAAAAUAGAUUUUCUUUCGCAAGGUUAUUCUUCCCUUCUGAAUGGAAAUUGCACAAGCUGAAGCAACCUCAGAAUUUAUACUGGGCUUUCUGCUCAAGGAGUGCUAGCAACUUGAGGGAGGUUGAUCUUAAUGAAAACCGUAGCACUAAAAAUAAAAGGCUUUACUGUAGGGUAGAAGCCCUCAUGGAGACAGGCAUAGUGUUUUUUCUUGAAAUGACCCAUUGUUUUAUUUCUUUUUUUUUCUUCUUCUUUAUUAAUUUCUGUCAUUUCUUCAGCUAUCAUGCCAAACUUUCUGUCUAUCGCCACUUACUUUCGGUUAAUAGUUAGCUUAUUGGUAUGAUGCUUAACUAAGAGCACAACAAAAAAUCAUUAAUUUAAUACCAUGUACCACCAUAGACAUGCCAUUUGGCAUCCAUCUAACGAGACUUAUUUUGGGUGCUGAGAGAGAAUACCAUUCACCAAAAUGUUUUCCUAACCAUUAUCUUCACAAUGAUGGACCAGUAUGAUGCCAUACGUAGA